UUAAGCGAUAUAACUAUAUAAAAUAAAUGUGAAUGAUUGUUACAGGAGACAGCUUCAGCAAUUGAGUCCAUCAUUACGGAGUUCAAGGGACCUGCAGGCCUUGACAUUGAUGGAAUCCACCUGUACAAAUCAGCACAGGCAGUGGAUUCUCACUGGGCAACUGCAAGCAAGCAUCUUAGUUGUAUGCAGGACCCCCCUGGCAUACAGCUGUAUGUUUCAGUGAAGGUGGUGGUGCUGAAUGGUGUCCGCCUGAACAAGUACAGGUGUCGGCGAAGCAGUAAUUCCUUGGAGGGCUUGCACUCACACCUGUACAAUGCCAUUCCCUCACAGAGAUGUGGAGUUAUGCCAUUCCAAGUGUAUCUGAUUGCAUUUGCUGUGCAGUGGAACAGCCGUAUGGAAUCACUCCGGGUUGCUGGUGGCCAUGGCAGGCAGACGUGGUGUAUGGACCCGCGGCAGAUUCAGCGCCUGAAUCAGCAGGCUGAUGUGCUCUUCGGUAAAGAGCAUGUCCUCGAGCCCAACUUUGCCACUCCAAUGCCCUACCCUGCUGUAUACAAGGACCCAGACGAGGAGGAGCUCCUUGGAGUAGAGUAUGCCAUGUGCCAGUCAACCAGCUUCACUGCAAGGGAUUACUAUGCCCAGCAAGUUGAGGAAGAGCAGUCCCGUGAAGAAGAGGAGACGGCUGAACAAAGCGAGGACAAGCUGGCAGAUGAGGGUGUAGACAUGGGUGCAGAGUCAGAGGAGGAUCCUAUGGACACUGUCAGUGACAAACAUGUCAUCCUCACUCAAUCAGAACAGGUAGAGGAGGAGGACAGUCCUGCUCUGCAGGAUGUGCUGAUGACCCAGAGCCAUCUGCAUCUUCCUGGGCUGGAGGAAGUGGAAGCCUUGGCCCUGCUCAUUUUAGAACUGGCAGACAACAGUGACCGUCACCUAGUGCCAGCUGACCUAAGGCUGAAGAUUGGCAAUGCAGUUGGUGCUCUGCAUGAGCAUGACAGGUCUGCAGCCAACUUUGUAAAAAGGUAUGAGUCAAGGUGGGGUUACACCCUGUUUGGCAGAUGCUUGGGAGCUGACACACCUGAGACCAGAGCAGCACAGAAGACAAAGUUUUCCUGGAUGAGGUACCCUCAGGCAGCCCAGGUGACUGAGGAUAGUCGUCUGUUGUACCUCAUUAUUAAGAUGCUGAAAAACCGGCCACCAGCCAGUCAUCUCACCUCCCCCACUAAAAUCACCAAUGCAAUCAAGGGCCAGUAUAAAAGGAUUGUAGACCGAGUCAGAGACGAUCCCAUCCUCAAAGGUCUCUCCAUUCCUCUGCCCAAUCUGAAUGCCAAGUCCAUCUCUACAUUCAUGGCACGGGAAGAGAAGAAGGCUAACUACAGGGCAACAGUAAUGCCAAAGGUGAAACCCCACCAAAGAGUGCUGUCAGAAGAACCAAUGCCAGCAGCUCCUACUCUGCCAGAAUCCCUUCCAGCUCCAGAUCGACCUCAGGUUCAGUACCAGAGCCUACGUCAUGCAGCUGGGAAAAGGCAUGGUCAGAAGCGGAAGGUUGAUGUAGAAAUGCUUGGGAACCGGCCCAUUCAACCUAAACCCCCUGUGGCCACGUACAUCCCACCCAGAGCGUCAGCAGCACCUGUCCUGGUAGUGGUUCCUGCACAGCCACAGGGACCAUCCAUGAUGCUCUGUGGGGCAUCCAGCAGUCAAGGGUUCAUAUCUUUCGCACCGCCUCCUGUGCUGACAUCCAGACCAAUCAAGCCUCAUAAAUCCAUGAAGCCUUGUGGGGCCUGCCAAGUACCCCAGUGUGGUGGGCAGCGCAAGAGGUACACGCCCUCCAAAGACAAGGCUGCUGAAAGUAGCCAAAAAAUAUUUACCUAUUGCCCAGCAACUAGGAAGUCCACCACUUCAGGUUUUGAAGGUGUUGUGUUCAACAGUUUUGAACACUUCAAAAGUGUAGUAGAUGAGGAACUAAAAAAGAAAAAAAAUAACAACUAG